AAUGAGGCGCUACGGUCGCAGUCCGUACAAUUACACGCACGUGCACUAAGUUUUUUAUAUGAUAAAACGAUAUUUAUUGUUGUACUUGUAAAUAUUUGUUGACAUAUUUCUUCUAGAACGCUUACAAUGUUGCAAGACUAUUUAAUAAAUCAUUAUUCAUCUCGCCUAGAAGAAAUAUUAAAUGCUGUAGAGGAAUAUGCGCAUUAUCCGGUUUAUGUAAAUUUUGUAUCUUUAUUCGAAGCUGAACCUGAAAAUGCACAAAAAAUCCUGCGUUAUCCCAGGCAUUAUUUACCUUUAUGUGAUGAAGCAGCAGUUAAAGCUCAAGAAAAAAUAGCCGAAGCAGAACAAGUUGUAAAGAAAUUGGUUCAUAUCAGAAUUAAUGCUGUUCCUAUAACGAUGCAACACGGACAGAUUGGUGAACUAGUUUGUACAAGUGGAAUCAUAGUUAGAACGUCUCAACCUUCUAUUAUAAAACUUAAAAAAAGAUUCAAAUGUAAAAAGUGUCAACAUGUAUCUAUAAUCAAGUUUGAAUGGGAACGACAUAUGUUUCAAAGUCUUAAGGAAUGUCAAGCAUGUCAUGCAAAGAAGAUAGAAACUUUGACAAACCUAGAACCAGAUGAUUGUUCUGAUUAUCAGGAAAUAAAAAUUCAAGAACAAAAUCAAAAGGAUACAAACAAGUCUUAUAUGGUUGGACUACAAAUAAUCUUAUUAGAUGAUUUAGUUGAUAAAUGCAGGCCAGGAGAUAGUUUAGAGAUCAGUGGAAUAGUUGUACGUAAAUGGGGAACUUUGUCAGUUGGACGGCAAGCAGAAGCAACAACACUGAUGAUAGCGAAUUGUAUCUCAAUACGUCGUAAAAUACCUGACACUAUAUUUUCCAAUAAAGAAAUGCAAGAUAUUUUUAAAAAUUAUUGGCAGCAACAUGUGAAUGAUCCUUUGUCUGGAAGAGAUAAUAUACUUGCAUCAAUUUGUCCUCAACUAUAUGGAAUGUAUACAAUAAAAUUAGCAUUAGCUGUUGUUUUAGCUGGUGGUGUAUCAAAAACAAAUGAGUCAGGCACACGUGUUAGAGGUGAACCACAUCUUCUUAUGAUUGGCGAUCCUGGAACUGGGAAGUCUCAAUUACUUCGUACUGCUUCCAAAUUGUCAACAACAUCUGUUCUUACAACUGGUAUUGGCACAACUGCAGCUGGUCUUACAGCUGCUGCUGUCAAAGAUACAGAUGGUUGGCAUUUAGAAGGUGGUGCUUUGGUAUUAGCAGAUGGAGGUGUUUGUUGCAUUGAUGAAUUUAAUACAAUGAGUUCUCAUGAUAGAGCAUGUGUGCAUGAAGCUAUGGAACAACAAACGAUAUCAAUUGCCAAAGCAGGUUUAGUGAGUACUCUAAAUUCUCGAUGUACAGUUAUUGCUGCUAUUAAUCCAGAUGGAGGCCAAUUUGUAGAUGGUGAAGAAUGGAAAACACGCUUGGGAAAUCCUCUUUUAUCGCGAUUCGACCUAAUCCUUCUUCUCAAGGACAAUAAAAAUCCAGAAUGGGAUAAAAUGACAUCUGAUCAUAUUUUAAAAGCAGCUUAUGAAUUUAAUGAUACAGAAGCUCAAACAGAUACAAUGCAAGAUUUAGAUUCUGUACAAUCAGGACUAUGGACGGAGGAAAGUUUACGCGAAUAUUUAACACAUAUACAUACAUUGAAACCAAUCCUUACAGUAGAAGCAGAAAAAGUUCUUAGUGCAACUUAUCUUUACCAUAGAUCAAAUCCAGAAAGAAGAGCAGAACGAACUACCGUACGACUUUUAGAUAGCCUUAUCAGAUUAGCUGAAGGUCAUGCAAGAUUAAUGUGUAGAUCAGAGGUACGACUUAUGGAUGCUAUAAUUGCAGCAGACUUAACUGGUAUUCUUAAAAAUGAUAUGGGAAUUGGAUGUCCUUUUCCUACUAAUCCAAAAUACACAUAUCAUUGCAGAGGAAAGGAGAUAUUGAAAACUCUUGAUUUGCAAACACUAGAGUCGUUUCUAUAAUGUAUUAUAUAUAUGCUUGAAAACGAAUAUAUGAAUAUGAUUUUGA